UUUUUUUUUCUGCCCACACUCCCCCACUUCACCUUGUGAGUUUUUAAGCGCUCGGCUGCAACCAAACCCCGAGAAGAAAACCCUAGCCAACCAACCAUGGCGGCGCCGACGGAGUCCGUGCAGUGCUUCGGAAGGAAGAAAACAGCAGUCGCAGUCACCCAUUGCAAGCGCGGUCGCGGCCUGAUCAAGAUCAACGGCUGCCCAAUCGAGCUUGUUGAGCCUGAAAUCCUCCGAUUCAAGGCCUAUGAACCAAUCCUUCUCUUAGGACGACAACGUUUUGCUGGAGUGGACAUGAGGAUCCGUGUCAAGGGUGGAGGACACACGUCUCAGAUCUAUGCGAUCAGGCAGAGCAUCGCAAAGGCACUUGUGGCGUUUUACCAGAAGUACGUGGAUGAGCAGAGCAAGAAGGAGAUAAAGGACAUUUUGGUGAGGUAUGAUAGAACUUUGCUGGUUGCUGAUCCUAGAAGGUGCGAGACUAAGAAGUUUGGUGGACGUGGCGCCAGAGCUAGAUUCCAGAAAUCUUACCGUUGAACAAACCUUUUUUUUUUGUUGGACUAAUCGUUUUCUUUCGGUUAUGUUAUGCUUUUGUAUUUUGUUUCAAGUUUGUUGGGUUUUAGGGAAGGGUUAUUAUGAUUACUAGUAUUACUGCUAUGGAUUUUCUCAAGUUUUGUCGUGGAUUUUGAUGUCAUAAGAAUUUCCUUUUCGUGGAAUUGCAAUUGUUAUUUUUUAA